AAUAUGUUUUCCGGCACUCCAGUGCUCACAUAUUGGGAGAAGCAAUGGAGCGACUUUACGGGGGACAUCUUUGUUAUGGUCCCCCUAUAGAGGGAGGCUUCUAUUACGACAUGUGGUCAGGCGACAAGACAGUGUCCAGUGAGGACUACCCUGUGAUGGAUGGGAUGGUGAAGAGCAUCGUGAAGGAGAAGCAGCCCUUUGAACGCCUUGUUAUGACCAAGGAAAACCUUCUGAAGAUGUUUGCUUAUAACAAAUUCAAGCAGAGGAUCUUAAACGAGAAAGUGACCACUCCCACCACCACUGUCUACAAGUGUGGUCCCCUGAUUGACUUGUGUCGAGGUCCCCAUGUCCGACACACGGGCAAAAUCAAGGCUAUGGCUGUGACCAAGAAUUCCUCCACAUACUGGGAAGGCAAGGCUGAUGCUGAGAAUCUGCAGAGAGUGUAUGGUAUUUCUUUCCCCGAUCCCAAACAGCUUAAGGAGUGGAAACACAUCCAGGAGGAGGCCGCAAAACGGGACCAUCGUAAACUUGGGAGGGAACAAGAAUUGUUUUUCUUCCACGAGUGGAGUCCUGGGAGCUGUUUCUUCCUCCCCAAAGGAGCUCAUAUAUACAACACUCUUGUAGACUUCAUAAGG